AUCAACUCAAAAUCUAUGGAUUAUCUCGGAAUCGACAUGAGCUGCGCGAUCGGAUCUCUCCGGAAUGGUGAGUUCCCGGAGAAAGAUUGUCUUCUUCCUCUAAUUUCAAAGCUUCUCGGUUAUUGCCUUGUCGCUGCUUCAAUCACCGUCAAGCUUCCUCAGAUAAUGAAAAUCGUGCAACAUAAGAGUGUACGAGGCUUAAGUGUUAUGGCAUUUGAGCUUGAAGUGGUUGGUUACACAAUUUCACUUGCUUAUUGUUUGCAUAAAGGUCUUCCCUUUUCGGCUUUCGGCGAAAUGGCUUUUCUUUUGAUCCAAGCUUUAAUCUUGGUUGCUUGUAUCUAUUAUUAUUCUCAACCAGUACCUGUAACAACUUGGAUCAGACCACUUCUAUAUUGUGCUGUGGCGCCAACUGUGCUUGCUGGACAGAUAAAUCCUACGCUUUUCGAAGCUCUUUAUGCUUCACAGCAUGCGAUAUUUCUCUUUGCAAGACUCCCUCAGAUAUGGAAGAACUUCAAAAACAAAAGCACCGGAGAACUUAGUUUCUUAACUUUCUUCAUGAACUUCGCCGGAUCCAUAGUGAGAGUUUUCACCAGCCUCCAGGAAAAGGCUCCACUAAGCAUUCUUACUGGUUUUGCUCUUGGAGUCGUCACCAACGGAAGCAUCCUGACGCAGAUUCUCUUGUAUUCGAAGUCUGCUGCAGCAAAGGAGAAGAAAGCUAAUUGAUUAGAAAGAUGUCCUAAAUCAAAUACUGGUGUUGUA